GGCCGCCAGGUACCGGGCCGAGCCGCACAAAGGAGCGGCGCCGCCGCCGCGCGAGGGCCCGGGCAAAGUUUGCGGGAGCCGCGCGGGGCAGCGCGGCCGGCGGCGCCCGGCUCUUUUGUUCGGGCGCGGCGCUGCCCCGCUGCGGCGCCCCGCGCCUCGCCCGCCCCGCGGCGGGGCCGCGGCGGUGACAGCCGGGGGCGGGCGGGCGGGCCGGGGGCGGGGGGCCCGGCCCAAGUUCCUGCCUCCUUGGGAACAAAGGGAACUCUGUCUCGGCAUCUGUCACCGCCGCGGCCCGCAAACUUUUCCGUGCGCCUCGGCCGCUCGCCGCCCGGCCCCGCCGCUGCGGGCAGGGCCCCGGCCCUCACCCGCGGCCCCGGAGCGGCGGCGGCGCCACCCAUGCAAGGGCCGAGGCGGCGGCGGCGGCGGCCCGGCGGCUUUAGCCAGGAAAGAUCUGCAGGCAGCUCCACCAUGUCGGAUAGUGACCUCGGGGAGGACGACAGCGCCACAUCUCUGGACCUGUCUCAGUCAAAUAAGAGGAAAAGAAGGGGAAAUCUGCCCAAGGAGUCCGUGAAGAUCCUUCGGGACUGGCUGUACGAGCACCGCUUCAAUGCCUACCCCUCCGAACAGGAGAAGCUCAGCCUCUCUGGACAGACCAGCCUCUCUGUGCUGCAGAUCUGCAACUGGUUCAUCAACGCCAGGAGACGGCUGCUCCCCGACAUGCUGCGCAAGGACGGGAAGGACCCCAACCAGUUCACCAUCUCGCGCCGAGGGGGCAAAGCCGGCGACGUGGCCCUGCCGCGAGGGGCUGCCGCGGGCUCCGGCGUGCUGGUGGUACCUCCCGUGACGGCCGCGGCCGCAGGGGCCUCCAAGAUGCUGUCGAUGUCCGUGUGCCCGCAGGUACUGUGCCACCCCGCGCAGGCGCUGGGCAGCAACCUCACGGUGGUGAGCGCCCGCAGCCCCGACAGGGAGAAGCAGCCCGGCCCGCAGCGAGCGGAGCCGGACCCUCACCCCAAGCCGCAGCUGGGCGCCGCCGGCAGCACCAUGGCCUUGCUGGCCCGGGCCGACGCAGCCAGCCCCACGAGCGGACUCUUCAACACGCCGCCCCCGACGCCCCCCGAGCUCUUCGGCGAUGACUUCAGCAGCUUCCAGCUCCUGGUGGAGGUGGCGCUGCAGAAAGCGGCCGAGCUGGAGUCGCAGAGGCAGAGCGGGCAGCUGCCCCUUCCGCCGCAGACUGAGCCCCCGGGAGUCUCUGUCUCCAAAUAACGCCCCCAGGCCGGUUCCCGCCGGGCUGCCCUGCCUCGGGGCCACCCGGCCCCUCCCGGCUGCGGGUCCCUCUCCUCCGGCCAGGCCGGGGGUUCCCCUGGCAGGGGCCUGCACCUCCCCAACCGGCGCAUCUCAAAAGCGGACUUCUGCAUCCCGAGGGGCUCCGGCAUCUCCGUCGGCCCGGGGAGAGGGAGGAUCGUCCUACCGUGUCAUCCUUUGGGUGCCCACGUGCUCGGGAGAUAGCCAGCUUCCCUCAGAGGCCCCUUCCACACCAGCCGCGGCGAGGACGGUGCCUCGGGAGGUGCCGGAGGGAUGCAGCCACAGCAGUUUAGCCGUUGUGAAAGGACCUUUGCAGAUAACUGACCUCUCAUUGCCACAACUGUCCAUUACUGUGUCAGGCUGUGGAGCCCCCUCGGAAAACCUGCUGACUUUCUUCGUUUUCUUUCCUCUAAACAAGGGUCCAGCCAAAACUGUUUCUUCAGGGCAUGACAGAGAGAAACUUUUUUCUAUUCCUAGUUCAUGUCGUUGUUUUUUAAGGAUUAUGGAUGAAAAGCUUUUCUCCCAAAGCUCUCUGAUCUCCUCCUGGGUUUUUCCUACCUUCUUCCCCUUUUCUGUGAAGGGCCUUUUUGGUACCUCGUGCUGGCUGCGUUGCUUGGGGAAGGACAAAGAUCAAAUGAACUGGAAACCUGAAGUCUGUGGCAUUUUCUCGCAUGGAAAAAAGUGAGACCCUCCUCUUCUGUCUUAGGGUGUUACAGAUGCUGCCAGUAGAAAUCUCCAUGGUGCUGUUUAGCAAGUUUGUUUUGAAACAUUUUCCCUUUAAUUGUGAUUUACUAUAUAAUUUUUUUUUUUUUUUUAAACAAGCAUUUCCACAGCUUCCCUAUGUUUCUCUUGAGGUCCUGCUGAAGAUGUGCACGUUGUGUCCUGGAACAGAGCGCACCAUGCAGAGCCUGGGAAACGCUGACCACGGGCAGCUGCAGGGUGGGGGGGAUGCAAAUCUGAGACUGUGAAAUUUUUGUACCCAACUUUUUUUUUUUUUUUUUUUUUUUUUUAUGUUUGGAAAGAGGCCUGUUCUGAGCAGGGGCAGUCUGGGUGUUUUGCAAGCGUGACGCUCGCAGCCUGCAGACGGCAGUCCCGGGAAGCAGAGUUGUCUUUAGCCAGGGCAGUGCUGAUGAGCUGCCUGUGAAAUACAGGAUGCUUCAAGUCCUCACAUCGCUUCCCUCUUGAGGGCUGUGUGCAGUUAUGCCUGGCCGUGCUGGGGACCUCUAAUGACAAGCUGGUGUCUGCUGGGUGCUGGACUGGUUUCCCCCCCCCCAUGCCCCAGCCCUGCUUGCCCUGGCUGGGGGGGAUUUGGGGACCCAGGGCAGUUCCCUGCUGGGCAUUGCCCACCAGUGCCGGGGGCGAGUGGGAGCCAGGGCCCUAGGUGCUGCAGAGGUCCUGGGGCGGAGAUAUUGCUGUUUCACUGUAAAAUGUAAGUUAAAUAGCGAUAUGUACACACCUAUAUUAUCUAUCCCAAGAAACACUAAUCCUAGGUUAUUAGCCUGAUUAUUAAGUUGCAUGAAUAGAGAUAUUAAUGUCCUCAGGACCUGAUGCUCCCCUCGAGCACGGUGGCUGGAGCCAGCGGCACCAGGAUGGAGCAAGGGGGCUGUGGGCUGAGCGGGCCUGGCAGGGAAAAGCACUGGUUGGAGAGUGUGUGCGUGUGUUUUCCCCCCCCCCCCCCCCCCCCCCCCCCCCGUUCUUGUUCUGAGGAAAGGCGACAGCAGAGGAGGCACAGGGGGAGACCAGAGUGAGUUCUCAGGCGCCGGCAUGGGCCGUGGAAAGGUUUGAUGGCGACGCGUCACGUUGGCUGAGCACCCCUGUGCAGCGCGGGGCACCACUGCUCCCCGGCUGGGAAGGAUGCAGGAGGGCAGCGCUGCCCUGGGCUGAUGGCCACAGUGCGUCCUCGUCUCCCACGGUGGCAGGACUAUGGCCUUUGCCCUCUGCCUCCAUUCUGGGGCAAACCCUGGAGCUGAGUAGCCCUUUCUUCCCACCAUCCUCCAGUGCUGUCUCAUCUGUGCGGGUGGGAACGGGAUACUUUUCCCUCAUCUCCCCUUUUCUGCCCCAGUCAAAGCAGAGCAGGACUGGGGAGGUCCUGUGCUGCACCAGGCACAGGAGCUGCCCUAGAGGACAGGAUGGAAGGAGAUGGGGUGGGGGGAAGUACCAGAUCAAAACUUAUGGAGCAGAAAACUACUGUAAAUAACUUCUUGUUUGUUCUGUUGUCAAAUAAAAGUUUUUCAGUUUUU